CUCUCUCUCUUUCCUUCUUCCUAAACAACAUUCUCCCACGGAAAAGCUCUUCUCUAUCAGAAGAAACUUCCAAUGGAUCCUCCUCACUCAAAUCCCACUCUCGAAGACGAAGAAAAAGAAGAACCACAAGCUUCAAUCUCUCUUCCCGACGACUCUAUCGCAACCCCUGUCCCCUCUGAACUCAACGAUUCUUCACCACAACACGAUCCCUCCCCUACAAUCGAAGAACCAAACAAAACCGAUUCGGAGAAACCGGAUCCCGAUCAACCCGGAUCCGACUUAAAAAUCGAAUCCGACUCAGACGCUCCAAACGCCUCCUCCUCCGACAACAACCCUAAAUCCCUCAAAUCAGAAUCCCUACCCGUCGUCCAAAACGACGCCGUAUUAGAAGAGGUCGAAAACGACACCGUAAUGGAAGAAGAAGACGAAGCCGAAGAAGACGAGCCACCAAUCAAGAAACAGAAACAGCUCGAUUCCCUCACCGUGAAGAACGAGUCGGAGGAGCCGACUCCGAUCGUAACCGCCACAACAACAACAACGACCAAAAAAUCGAAAUCGAAGAAGAAGAACAACAACGUGUGGGUGACGAAGAGCACACGGAAAGGGAAGAAGAAGAGCAAAGCCAACACCAACAACAACAACAACAACACGCCGAGCUCAGCAGCCGUGGACGACAAGGUCCUCAUCACUCCAGUUCCCAGGUUCCCCGACAAGGGAGACGACACGCCCGACUCAAUCAUCCGCCUCUCGAAAGUCUACAAGGCUGAGAAAGUUGAAGUAAGCGAGGACAGGCUCACGGCGGGGAGUAGCAAAGGUUAUAGGAUGGUGAGAGCUACGAGAGGUGUUGUGGAAGGAGCUUGGUACUUUGAGGUUAAAGUUGUGAGCUUGGGGGAGACGGGGCACACGAGGCUUGGUUGGUCGACUGAGAAAGGGGAUUUACAGGCUCCGGUUGGGUAUGAUGGGAAUAGUUUUGGGUUUAGGGAUGUUGAUGGGUGUAAGGUGCAUAAGGCUGUGAGAGGGGAGUAUGCUGAGGAAGGGUAUAAGGAAGGUGAUGUUAUUGGGUUUUAUAUUAACUUGCCUGAUGGGGAAAGUUUUGCUCCUAAGCCGCCUCGUUAUGUGUGGUAUAAAGGGCAGAGAUAUGUGUGUGCGCCUGAUACUAAAGAGGAGCCUCCUAAAGUCGUACCAGGUAGUGAAAUAUCGUUCUUCAAAAAUGGUGUAUGUCAGGGAGUUGCUUUCAAAGAUCUUUUUGGCGGUCGUUACUACCCUGCUGCUUCCAUGUACACUCUCCCUGACCAGCCAAACUGUGUUGUCAAGUUCAAUUUUGGCCCUGAUUUCGAGUUUUACCCUGAGGAUUUUGGUGGGCGUGCAACCCCGAGGCCCAUGUUGGAGGUUCCGUAUCAUGGAUUCAAUGGUAAACCUGAAAAUGAUGGUUCUGAUGAUAUGAAGAGUUAGGUAGAACAAGCAGGCGUUAUCUUAACAUUUUUAACACAGUUUUUUAUAUCUAGUCAUUGGUUCAGAUACGAUUUUAUGAGUAGAAAAUGAGCGAAUGUGUUUGUACAUGUCUGCUCCAAUACGCUGGAAACUAGCAUUUUUUUUUCUUACUUUCAGAACUUGAUGUAGUUCUUUCUGGAUUAGCCAUAUUCGUCAAAAGUUAUUGAUUGUUCAUUUGUAUGUUUUCUUAUCCUUCAUAUGUAAUACUUCCGACAUUUUAUAUUUGCCUUUUCUUCCAGUGUUGACACUU